UUGUCGUGACGUAUGUCUGUGGAAAGUACACACAGCAGCGGCGUCGCGGUGCUGCAGAGACCUGGAAACAAGACUCCUCACGUCCGCGUUCCCACUGAAAACGGCUAAUGUCCGUCUCAUAGAAACCCAAACUUACAUAUGGCAGCGAUGGAAAAGCCCCCGUUCAGGCAAAACGUAAACUGCGGGGACUGGGAGAUGAAGGAGAGGCUGGGGAUGGGGGGGUUUGCCCAUGUUUACCUGUACCAACAUUGUGCAACAAACGAAAAGCUCGCCGUGAAAAUGUGCCGCCUGGAGCUCACACCAAGGAAUAGAGACAGAUGGAGCAGAGAAAUCCAGAUCAUGAAAAAGCUGAAUCACAUCAACGUGGUGACGGCUCAGGAUGUUCCAGAGGAGAUGAAGCGCAUCGCCUUGAACGAUCUUCCCCUGCUGGCCAUGGAGUACUGCUCCAGAGGAGACCUGAGGAAGGUGUUAAGUAAACCUGAAAACUGCUGCGGGCUGAAAGAAAGCGAGGUGCUUUCUUUACUCAGUGAUGUGGGAUCUGGUAUUCAGUAUCUUCACGAGAACAAAAUUAUACACAGAGACCUUAAACCUGAAAACAUCGUCCUGCAAGACAUCAAUGGAAAGCUCGUCCACAAAAUCAUUGACCUGGGCUAUGCCAAAGACCUAGACCAGGGCAGUCUCUGCACCUCCUUUGUCGGCACACUGCAGUAUCUGGCGCCUGAGCUGUUUGAGAACAAGCCGUACACCGUCACCGUGGACUACUGGAGCUUCGGCACCAUGAUCUUCGAAUGCAGCUGUGGUUUCAGGCCUUUUCUGCACAAUCUGCAACCUGUACAAUGGGCCAGCAAAGUGAAGAAUAAAGGUCCAAAGGACAUCAUGGCUGUAGAGGAGCUGAACGGUGAAGUCCGGUUCUCCACUCACCUCCCCUACCCCAACAAUCUCAGCAGGACUCUGCUGGAGCCGAUGGAGACUCUGCUUCAGCUGAUGCUGAAGUGGGACCCGGUCCAGAGGGGGGGCAGAGUCAACUCUGACACUAAGAAGCCCAUGUGCUUUGAGGUGCUGGAGCAGAUCCUCAGCAUGAGGGUCGUCCACAUUCUGAACAUGACUACAGCUCAGGUCCACUCUUUCCAGCUCAGUCCAGACGAGAGUCUCCACAGCUUGCAGAAGAGAAUUGAAGGGGAGACCAAGAUCGAGGUGGUCAACCAGGAGCUUCUGCAUGAGACGGGCGUGUCCCUGGAUCCCAGGAAACCUGCGGCACAGUGUGCCUUAGACGGAGUGAGAGGAUGGGAUAGCUACGUCGUGUAUUUAUUCGAUAAAAGCCUCACCAAGUAUUCUGGCCCGUUUAGCGCCAGACGACUGCCUGAGAAGGUUAACACGAUAGUGCAAGAACCCAAGACUCAGCUGCCACUGGUGGUGCUGAAGAAGGUGUGGGGUGAAGCGGUGAGCUACAUCUGCGGCCUGAAAGAGGAUUACUGCAGACUCUUCCAGGGACAGAGAGCUGCCAUGUUGAGCCUCCUGCGCUACAACACCAACCUGACCAGGUGUAAGAACAGCAUGUUCGGCUUCUCCCAGCAGCUCAAAGCCAAGCUGGAUUUCUUCAAGAGCAGCAUUCAGUACGACCUGGAAAAGUACAGCGACCAGAUGCACUAUGGAAUCUCCUCAGAGAAGAUGCUGAAAGCCUGGCAGGAGAAUGAGGAGAGAGCGGCUGCUUUUGCACAGGUGGCAGAGGUGAGUCACUUGGACGAUGAGAUCAUGGCUCUGCACUCUGAGAUCGUGGAGCUUCAGAGGAGCCCGUAUGCUCGACGCCAAGGAGACAAGAUGGAGCAGCUAGAAGAAAAAGCGAUUGAGCUCUAUAGACAACUAAAAAUGAAAUGCAAAAUACCGGACUCAGAUGUGAGCAGUGACAGCUCAGAGAUGGUGAAGGCCAUCAUCCAGACGGUCCAGAACCAGGACAAAGUCCUCAAAGAUCUCUACACCCACCUCAGUAAAAUCCUGAUUAGCAAGCAGAAGAUCAUCGACUUGUUCCCACGCAUUGAGAAAACCUUGGAGAACAUCAAAGAUGCUGACAACACGGUGAUGCAGAUGCAGAUCAAGAGACAGAGGGAGUUCUGGCAUUUACUCAAGAUCGCUUGUGCCCAGAACUCUUCCCGGAACUCCAUCGCCGUCAGUCCGGAGUCCUCCAAUCUGCUGCAGGUGUCUCAGUGGUCGCAGUCGGCCCAGCCGGUCAGCUCCCCCCAUCCUCUCGUCUCCCUGCCUGGUCCCAAUGACAGUGAUGCUGCCCCCCGCCUGCUGCAGGAGAACCAGAAGUACCUCAGUCAGCUGACCAGCUUGAUGCAGGAGGCCGCUGACGAUCAGGCCAAAAGCAUAGUGGACCAAGACUGGAGCUGGACAAAAUACGAGUCUUUAUCCACAAAGUUGAAAAAGCAAAAUGCAUAAACCCAUUUUUGCCCCCCCCCCCCCGAACUAACACUAAAGAGUGUAAAGUGUCUCUGCAGCUGGGGGUGUGUGGGGGGGGGGUUGUACAGCAGUUCACGGACCUGGAAAGCCUAUGAAACGGAUCGUCCCUGAAAGGCAGACAUGUUGGUGUUGGUCCUCUCAUCUUCACUGAGGAAGGGCGAUGGAUCCAAAAUCGGCUGUUCUAGCAGAGAACGAGCAGCCUUCAGCCUUCCUGCCUCCUUUUGCUUUGCUGCUCAUUCUGCCCUAAAUCCAUUCAUCAUGAAAACAGUCGGGAUCCGGCACAGACGUGGGAACUGGUUCCACUUUGACUCCAUAACCGGAAACAGGAAGUGGUCAGAGGUGGAGUGGACCAAAGAGUUUAAGGAGGUGCUGGGGGGUAAUAAUCAAGCAAACUGCACUUUGAAACUCCCAUGUAGCUUCUUUGUGAAGAGAACGGUUGAUUUGAAAGAAACCCCACAAACCUUUGGUUGUUCAAAUUUCUGGAAAUGUAUCUGGUUUUUUUUUUAUCUUGAUGGUGUUCUAUAUAACAGGCUGAUAUAUGGCGGGCCAUCAUGUUUGUACAGUGUUUGUACUGUCUGUAUAUUUGAAUUAUCGCCAUGGUAACGCGCGGUUUGUUUCAGUGGAUGUUUGAGGAUGAAUCCAAACGAGUACAAAGUGUUUUUUUACCCAAAUAAACCGAUUUGUUUUUAGCAGAAUGAUAAUGCGACUGCAGUCUGGAUGAAUGUGCAGAAAUCUGUGCGUUUUCUUCAAGGUCGGACACUUUUCAGUUUAAGAUCUUAACUGGAACGUCAAGUCUGAGAAUCUCGUUUCUUGUCGGUCCCACAAACAUUGUUGUGAUGAUGACAAAUAAAAAACAAAACUGGCGGAGCUGAAGGCCUCUGUGAUGGACGGCCGUUCAGGUUUUCGCUGAAGCACAAUUUUCUCAUUUUUAAUCUGAAAGUGUUACAUUCUUACUUUCCAGCAGCUGGAAAUGGAUUUCUUUCCAAAUAAAAACCUGCUGCAGGAAACGUGAAGCACUGAGGGCUCCAGGGUCAUCCGCACAAACGAGAGUCGAAGAUCCCGCCGACCUCUCCCCCGUGGAGCUGCAGGAGACCUGUGGAAUGAAAGAAAUGAGGGGCAUGUAGUUCAGUUCCAGUCAGCGUUGGGCGCAUGUUCAGAUGUAUUCAGGAAAUUAAAGUGGAAUGCCAGAAAUUUGUAUUUAAUUUUCUUCAUUUUUGUUCCCUCACACUUGAGUUUUGUUUCCAGCUGCUGCGUUGAAUGUGUCUAUGAACAGUUUUUCUGUUGUAUGAAGAUCAGAUGUUUACCCGCUAAUAAACUCUGACCUCUGAGACGUCA